UGAAUAAAAAAAGAGAUUUUUUUUCGAUAACCAAUUAAUGUGUCGAGUCUUACAAACUCGUUGAAAAAUCAAUAUACAUUUUUUUAAAUAUAAUAAUUUGGAUAAAAUAAAAUAGUCCAGAGCAGAAUCAUUCCCACUGGCAGUGGUGGAUUCCGUGAAUUGUUUCAUUAUUGAUUUUUAUUGUUAAACCACAUAAUAUCUUUUUCGUUUUAAUUUCUCAUAGUAUUUUUUUAGAAACAAUGAUACUCAUUCCUCUAAAUCAAGGCCGUUUCGGUUUAGAACAGAACGGUACUUGUCGGCAGGUUAUGCAACGUCGCCGUUUCAAUCAGUGCGACGCGACGCGUGCGCACGCUUGGCUACGGCUAGUGUCACCGUUGACCACACGGCUAGACGAACGUAACCAUCGCAUUACAAAGAUGUGAACGUAUUUGAAUAUGUGUUAUAUCUUAUUUUCAAAACACGCGCUUCUCAACUGUUUGAUAAGACAUCCGUAUCUUAUCGGUUUAUGACACAUUCAGUUGACCUCCAUAGGUAUUGUAUCGACUUAUAGGAAAAUUAUACUUAAAAUUACUGUUCAACGUGCAAUUAGAGCUGACGCUCUAAAAAGUUAUUAUUAUGGUUCUUUGGACACUGUCAUUGGCAACGGUAAUAUUUCUGGUGGCAGUAAAGGUGUAUCAGAAACUAACAUGUGGAAUUUGCAAAUCCAGUGCUCACAUGGUGGGGAAAGUGGUCAUUGUGACGGGUGGUAAUAGUGGUUUAGGUUUAGAAACGGCGAAGGAUUUGGCUAGUCGUGGAGCGCGAGUGAUCCUGGCUUGUAGAAGUGUGGCCAAAGCUACUGCUGCGGUGGAGAAAAUCGUCAAAGAUACUGGCAACACCGAUGUGCAUUUCAGACAGUUGGAUCUAACUUCACUCCGGUCAGUUAGAGAGUUCUGUGCGAACAUAAUAAAAACAGAGAAACGUUUAGAUGUUUUAAUUAACAACGCUGGCGCCGGCGGACUCGGGAAUCACGUGACGAGCGAUGGAAUCCAUGUAGGAAUGCAAGUUAACUACUUCGCACCGUUUCUAUUAACAUGUUUACUCGUUCCUUUGAUGAAAUCUUCUGCACCUAGCCGCAUUAUAAACGUUUCGUCGAUGAUUCACAAGUAUAGCGUACUAGAUUUUGAAAAUUUGAACAUGGAAAAGUAUUGGAGUGACUAUUUGGUGUAUGCAAACAGUAAACUGUUUCUUAUUUUAAUGACGGUAGAGUUAAGCGAUAGAUUGAAAGGCACAGGAGUUACUGUAAACGCGUUGCAUCCUGGCGUGUCUGCUACUAACAUAUUCAGGAAUAUACCAAGCGAAAUUAUUCGUAAUAUCGUUGAAAAAGGUAUACAUUUUAUGUUUAAGAGCCCUUGGGAAGCAUCACAGACAGCGAUAUAUUUAGCUGUCGCGCCUGAAUUGCGUGACGUUACCGGUAAAUAUUUUAUCGACUGUCGAGAAUGUAAACCUUCAAAAGUGUCACUAGAUCGGGAACACUCUGAAAGGUUAUGGACUGAAUCAGAAAGAUUAGUAAAAUUUUCGCUUAAGGAUAGUUAGUGUAAUAUUGUUUCUAAGUAGGUCAAUUGUAUUAAAGUUACACUUGCAUAUAUUUUAAGAGAAUUGAUUGGAAUGUCAUAUUGGAUGUAGUGGAUAUAAUGUCUUAUUUAUUUAUGGUUGUUUGGUGUUAAGUUUUCCUUAUAGUUUUGAUUAUGAAAUUCAGCUAAAUACAAUUAAUAAUUUAAGAUUUUUCGACGUGUCUUUUAAUUUAAAUGUUUGUGUUUGCUUUGAAAGGUUUCGCUGAUAAUACAGUGUCAGCAAAAAACUGCAAUAACAAUGUCAUAUAAUAUUUUAAAGUGAAUGGAUUUUAAUAAAAUCAGUGAUAUAAUCUAUUAUGUAAAGUUUACCUAAAUAUUAUGUAAAGUUACUUAUAUUUAAAUUAUUCUAAAAAUGAUAUUAUUUGAAAUAAAUACUUAUAUCUUAUUAUACGUUUGCAGUUAAUAUUCUAAUCCUUUUAUCUAAUUACACGUUUGACUUUUUACCGUCUUCCUAUAAUGAUAAAGUUGGCGUUAUAUAAAUUUUACAUAAUAAAGAAAUAGUUAAGUACAAUGACUUAACAUUUUUCCCUUUAUAACGGACUUCAAAACCGAAAAGGAUAUCAUAUGUUUGACGGUGACAUAUGUUUUUUUUGUAGGUUCACCAAUUUUUGCGUGAAUUGACCGAUAUUCAAAUUUUUUUUUAUUCUACAGUUGAAUAGAUCGAGGUCAUCCCGGUUAAAUUUAUCGGAAUCGAAUCAGUAGUUUUCCUUUUAUAACCAAACAAAAUAUGCUUUUCAUCAGAUAUCACCUUACUAUUUAGAUAAUAUGGUUGCACAUUGCAUGUUGAGUUUGCGUAUUUUGCAUUCAUUUAAAAUUCAAAAGAACUAUUUUGUAUGUUGAAUGAGUGCAAUCGACAGUCAGCACACUGGACUAUAGUUAAUUAAUAAAAGCGAUAAAUAAGCAACUGAAAAAUGUAUAGUAAUAUGUAGUAAAAAUGUAUAGUUUAAUGAAAAAUGCUUAUUAUUAUUCUCAAGUAGGUGGACAUUCAUAAUAAUUGCAUCUUUAUUCAGGUAGCUAGUACAAUGAAAGUACCUAUGCAAUUAGUUGAGGUUCUAUUGAGACGCGAUUAUUACAUAAAAGCAGAAUU